ACACACACACACACACACACACACACAUAUACACAUACACACACACACACUCUCUCUCUCUCUCACACACAUACACACACACACACAUCUCGGCCGAAGAUAGUACAGCACAGCCCAUGGCUGCUACAUUAUUAGGGGAGGAACCCCGGCUGGGCAGCACCCCGCUGGCCAUGCUGGCCGCCACCUGCAGCAGAAUCGGCGAGCCCAGCCCGUCGUGCUCCCCUGCUCUUUCCGAUGGAGCCCCGGGUCUCGUCAAGGGCUUUCACCCGUGGAGGGGGGGCGCCCCCGGCACCAGCGGCUUGGGUGUCCGCCUCAGCUCGCUUGGGGCUCCUGCUGGCAGCGGGACCGGCGUGACGGAGACCUCCAGCGCGUUCUCGGUGACCACUGCCAACUCUCCUUUUGGAAAUGAUUUUUCGGUGUACCAGACGGCUGUGUCAUCAGACCACAAUGUUUCCGAGCCUACACACGCACAGCGGUCCGUGUUUCUAACUAAAUUCCCCUCCUCGGUGGAGGGCAUUGCGGGGAUAUAUCCGAGGAUGCACGCGCACCCCUAUGAAUCGUGGUUCAAACCCGUGGGAGAGGUCGGUAACGGGUCUUCUUCUUGGUGGGACAUGGGCACCAGCUGGGUGGACGCCCAGAGCGCGGCCGGGUUAUCUUCUCCUCUGAGCGGCUACAGCAAUGACUACAGCUCCGCCUUCAGCCCCGGUGCUUCUCAGCACUUGCUCCCCGCCACACAGCACCUGUUUGACGGCUUCAGGCCACCUGUCCCGGCCCCCUACACGGAGUCUACGACGGCGGGGGCACCGGCACUGACAGGAGCCCCCGUCGUCUCCCUGCCCGCAUCUUCCCGCUCCUCCUCACGACGCUACUCCGGCAGAGCCACCUGUGACUGCCCGAACUGCCAGGAGGCUGAGAGCCUUGGCCAGGGGGGCGCGAGCCCGCGUCGGAGGGGCCUUCACAACUGUCACAUCCCGGGUUGUGGCAAGGUCUACGGCAAGACCUCGCACCUGAAGGCCCACCUGCGCUGGCACACCGGGGAGAGGCCGUUUGUCUGCAACUGGCUCUUCUGCGGGAAGCGCUUCACGCGCUCCGACGAGCUCCAGCGACACUUGCGCACGCACACCGGAGAGAAGCGCUUCGAGUGCUCGAUUUGCCACAAACGCUUCAUGCGCUCCGACCACCUCAGCAAGCACGUGAGGACCCACAGCGCGGAGGGCUCCGAGGACGCCGGGGAACCGGGACUCCGUAAAGGGAACAGCGACACGGACAACAGCCUAUCCGGUAGCCCGAGCCAGUCUCCCGGGCUGCACCUGCGCGAGACUGCCGAGAGCAGCGAGGGGCAGAGGGCGGUGGAGUAG